CUUUCUCUCCACGACGAAUAAAAGAGUGCUGGAGAGCCUAUCGUUACGCGCGCUUCCUCCUCCCACUGUGUGCGGCAAAGUUGACCACUUAAACUCCUCUCCGGCAGCUAACAGGAGCUGUAAUCAAAACUAGCAGAACCUCUCACUAAUAUUUUCUCACAGUUGCUUCAGAGCACAUUUCAAGCUUUACUAGGCUCAUCCUGCUGUUGGUUUUUGGUAUCCACUGUAAGAACUUUUUCUUCUGCACACUUGGCAUUGUGCUCUGGUGCGUGUCUAUGUGUGUUUGGAUUUCUUUUUAGAUUCUUUUGGACCUGUUACAGUUUCCACGGCACAAGCAACACUGGAGCUUUCUGUGUGAUUGAUUACUUUAAAUUGUAAGUGAGAGUUUCAAUUGUUUGGGAGUAGCUGGAAUGGCUACUUUCCCAGGAACAGUUCCUCGAAUGAUGCGGCCAGCACCAGGCCAGAAUUACCCACGAACCGGAUUCCCAUUAGAAGUCUCGACGCCUCUGGGUCAAGGUCGAGUGAACCAGCUCGGUGGAGUUUUCAUCAACGGAAGGCCUCUGCCAAAUCAUAUUCGACACAAAAUAGUGGAAAUGGCCCAUCACGGCAUUCGACCGUGUGUGAUCUCCAGACAGCUGCGGGUCUCACACGGCUGCGUGUCCAAAAUCCUCUGUCGGUAUCAGGAGACCGGUUCCAUUCGUCCGGGGGCGAUCGGUGGAAGUAAACCGAGGCAAGUUGCAACACCCGAUGUUGAAAAGAGAAUCGAGGAAUACAAACGCGAGAAUCCAGGGAUGUUCAGCUGGGAAAUCCGGGAUAAGUUGCUGAAGGACGGGGUGUGUGACAGAGGCACUGCUCCUUCAGGUGAGGCCUCUUCCGUUAGCUCCAUUAGUCGGGUUUUGAGAACUCGUUUUGGCAAGAAAGAUGACGAUGACGAGUGUGAUAAAAAAGAUGAAGACGGAGAAAAGAAAACCAAGCACAGCAUCGAUGGGAUUCUCGGGGAUAAAGGUAACCGUACGGACGAUGGUUCGGAUGUGGAGUCAGAGCCCGACCUGCCCCUGAAAAGGAAACAGAGACGCAGCCGCACCACCUUCACGGCGGAGCAGCUGGAGGAGCUCGAGAAGGCCUUCGAGAGGACACACUACCCCGACAUCUACACUAGAGAGGAGCUCGCACAAAGGACCAAACUGACCGAGGCUCGUGUACAGGUGGGAUAAGCUCUCUUGCACAGAUAACAGUACUUCCCCUGUACGGUUUUGCAACUGAAUGUAUUGCUUUCAACUAUCUGAUUGGCUUUUAGAACUCCUUUUGGAGUGGUUUCUUCUCUUGUCAUCCAGAUGCCUCGGUUUAUUGCUGGUGUUUGUUAUAUUUAUUUAUUCAGCGGAGACUAAUUGUUUGACCUCUCCUCCCCUCCGGGAAUACAUCACUCUCAGUCAUAUGACAGUUGGAGCCCUGCCCUACUACUUUCACCCCGAGUCUUUGGAACGCUUUGUGAACCCUGAAGUUUUAUGUAACAUCACAAAACAAAUACAGUAGAAUUAUAGCAGCAGCUGCACUCUGAGCUAGUGUGAGACAAAAAGAGGGAUAGGGGAAAAGAGAGGGGAAGAAAGAAGAACAGACAAAAUGCAUUCCUGAUGGAUUUCUCAUCUCUUCCCUUGGCCAGCGAUCCCUUCCCAGCACUUGAAAGCUGGGUGCUACUUGUAAAUCCCUCUACAUAUCAGAAAGGAUGCCUCUGGUUCUCUCUGGGGACUCUGUUCCCUGACAACAACAUUCAUCAAUCAAGUGCUUGUAAAAGACUCUGCAAGGUGGGUGUAGGGGGGUCUAGGUUUCUCCAAACUCUCAUGCUCAUGUCACCCUCUUUAGAUUCUGGGUACCUAUGCUUAGGUUCCUCACCAGAACAUACACAUCAGCAGGGUAACUGAUUUAACAUGUCUUUGUCUGUCUCUGAGAAUUCAAGAAAGAAGACAUAUGUGUCUAAAUGGUUGCUUCCUCACUCUUGGGAGAAUUUUGAGAGAUUUAUGCUAUGCUUGCUUUCUCACAAUAUUUCAAACAUGAUGAAUUUAGGAGACCGAUUUGCAUUGAUUGCAGGUUUAUGCAUGCUAAGCUCCGGUGUUUGUAAAUUGUAAAAGCAUUCAUUAUUGCUUAAACAGCAUUACAUAAGAUAGAGGUGACUUGGGGAUUUUGAAAGGGAGAAAGGGGAAGCAGUUAAGUUAAAGAACUAGAACUCGACCAUCCAUAUUAACUGUGAUAAUAAUAAGCAUAAGACCGAGGCUGUGAAAAAAACACUUCUAAUUGUUCAAUGAAAAGCAACAUGGUUGUCAAACACAAGCAUCUUCUGUUCUAGCAUGUUAUGGCAGCCAAUGAGCCAUAUUUGUAGGUCUAUUGUGCAUUUCUUGGCUGUAAGAAUCCCCUGGGGGUGCUUGACGUAUUUAUGGUAACUGAUGUAAAUGACAAGAGAUAGGACCAGAAGAAAAACCUUGAACAAGGCUGAAUAACCAAAAGGACAUAUCUCCCCCUCUCGCGUAAUAGGGCUAAAGGGAUAUCAUGUGAAAAGCUGAGGUCUUCGAGACAUUGAUAUAAUUUGUUAAUGCAAUUUUUCUCAUAAUCUAAUUCUGGAACACUUUGAAAAUUUCCAAAGGUCAACUCAAACUGAAUCUUCCAAAAGGUCACCCUUAGAAAGUGACUCUGCUUAAUCACAGUAAAUAUUGGUCAUAGGUUUUCAGUGUUGUUCGCUGCUCAGUCCAGUGUUGAGGGGGGAUUGUGGCAUUUCUCUGUAGAGUCUAUUGUGAAAGUCGUUCCCCUUCCCAAAGCAGCCCCCUCCAAAUUUGGAUUUCAUGUGUGGUUUUUCCAUUUACUUUUAACUGUUUAAGGAGUCAGUCUGGUAUAGUACUCAUAUAGAUUUACUCAUAAAAUUGCAGUUCAUCUUAGCUCACACUUUGACCUCCCAUUGGACUGACAUUAAAGGGUACUUGAUGAUGCACUUAACCCGCACAAAACCUUUUUUCAAAAAGGUUUCCGAGUUUGGCACGAGACCCAACAAGACAUUCCAUGGCUGGUAUAUGCCAAUUUAUGGCAGCUGUUUUGGCAGAGACUUAUUCAAGUGUUCUCAUAAAAUACGGCAUGGUGUUUGAUUUCAAGAAUUCAGGACUUUUUCAUACAGCUACCAUAAGGGGCGUUUCACAGAAGUUCCCACUGAUAUGGCUUUGCGUAUGACGGUAGGUUUCAGUACAGAGAUUCCUCCCAGGCCAGAGUGAGAUCAGACCUUUGGCCCGGUUGGUGACCUGCUCCGCCACAGCUGUGCAGACUCAUCCGGCAGAUGUCAGUUUAGUGGAGAGUGGAAAAGAGGGCACUGGGGUGAGACAGGGGCCAAAAGAAGGGCCUCUCCUCCUCUGGAUCAUCAACUCCAGAGAGUGUUAGACAGCCCUCCUUCUGCAGUCUUGGGGCAGUGAUAUGCAUGGCAAGUAAAAUAGAGAGCAGGGUUGUAACCAAAUGAAAUUCAACUGAGAAUGCCUAAUAAAUUCCAGAAUUGGAAUUGAAUUUGAACUGAUGUAGCAAACAUGUUGCAGGGUUAAAAAAAAAAAACAACACAUUUAAAAUUCCUUGAAAUUUGAAGGUAUAUAUAUUAGAUGGAUGGAUUGUGUUUGUAUUAUGAUUGAUAGAUUGAUGGUUGCAGGGAUGUUGAAGGGUGGUGACAGGAUUAUGUAUUCUUGCAGAUGUUCUCCUUGUGGCUUCAUAGUCCUGCUGCUUUACUUCCAAGAGGUGAAUGAGCAACACAUAAAUGCCAUGUGACAUCUGAGGAAGUUGAGCCACCACUCAGACCAUUAGUGUAAUGAGAAAUGUUUGCAGGACGUUCUAAGUGUCAGCUUGGUAAAACAAAGAGAGAAUUUUCAGAGAGAGCAGCAGAAAGUCUG